AUGCAGUUGUGUCGGAGGAAAAGACCAAUGAAGACGGACAGAUGGUGGUCGGCGGCAAUCUUCCUGUUGGGUCUCGCUGUGCUCGGCGCCGACGGGAGACCCGACAAGGAGGGAUUCGGAUCGCCGCCUUAUCGACCGCUCGUGAGAUUCCGCCACAAGGAUGGGAUCCCCGAGAGCUUGAGGAUAAAAGGGUUUAUGGGACACAAUGGCUCUCCAGGUCCCUGUGAACACAAGUACUGUGGCUUGGGGCGUCACUGCGUGGUGGACCAUGAGACCGGCCAAGGGGACUGCAAGUGCUUGGAUCACUGUAAACCUCACUACAAGCCCGUGUGCGGCUCCGACGGGAAGCUGUACCAGAACCACUGUGAGCUGCACCGGGCCUCGUGCCUCCGAGGACACAGGAUCACCAUCGUGCACAGCGAGGAGUGCUUCUACAAAGAUGACGACUGCAGACUGAGCGAUUACCGCCGGCUGAAAAGCAAGACUCUGGAUCUGCAUGACAAGAGGUACACGGGCUCUCGCGUGCACGGCGCCCACAAGGACAACAUGGCUGCCAGGAAGCAACUGGUGGAUAUGAUGUUCAAACGCUUCGACGCGGACAGUAACGGUCAGAUCGAAUCCAGCGAGCUCUCACAGGUGAUCAAACAAGAGGGUCUGUCCAAGGACUUCUCUGAGUGCACGUUGUUCGACCUGCUGAAGUACAACGACGUCAACGACGACGAGCACCUGACCAAAGAGGAGUUCUACACGGCGUUCGAUGUCUACCUGCUCGACCUGCCUGACGACCAGAAAGUGAGCGUCACCACGGUAACUGUCGGCCAGAGCGCCGUAUUGACCUGUGCCAUCACCGGGGAGCGGCGGCCUCCGAUCCUGUGGAAGAGAAACGAUCAAUACCUGAACUCCUUGAACCUGGAGGACAUCAACAUCCCUUCUCAGGACUUUGGGGAUGAUGGCUCGUUGUACAUCACCAAGGUGACAACAACCCACAUGGGCAACUACACCUGUCAUGCCGAUGGCUAUGAGAAACUCUCUCAGACCCAUACUCUUCAAGUGCACGUUCCUCCCGUCAUCCGAGUUUACCCAGAGAGCCAAGCCCGUGAGCCGGGCGUCACCGCCAGCCUGCGCUGCCACGCCGAGGGUGUACCCAACCCCCAGCUGACCUGGCUGAAGAACGGCAUGGACAUCACAAGCAAACUGUCCAAACAGCUCACCCUGCAAGCUAAUGGAAGUGAGGUGCACAUCAGCAACGUCCACUUCGAGGACACCGGCGCCUACACCUGCAUCGCCAAGAACCAGGCCGGCGUGGACGAGGACAUCUCUUCGCUAUUUGUGGAGGACUCUGCGCGCAAAACCCUGGCGAACAUUUUGUGGCGAGAAGAAGGUCUCGGCAUUGGCAACAUGUUCUAUGUGUUCUAUGAAGACGGUAUAAAAGUCAUUCAGCCGGUGGCGUGUGAGAUACAACGACACAUUAAGCCCAGUGAGAAGCUGCUGGCUCUGCAGGAGGAGGUGUGCCCCACCUCGCCGGGGGAGGCGGUCCAGAGGUGUGUGUGGUCGUCAGCGGUCAACGUCAAGGACAAGUUUAUUUAUGUGACACAGCCGACCUUGAAUCGAGUGCUGCUGGUUGACGUCCAGACUCAGAAGGCCGUCCAGACGGUCAGCACCGAUCCUUAUCCUGUGAAGCUCCACUAUGACAAAUCUCACGACCAGGUGUGGCUGCUCAGCUGGGGAGACGCGGAGAAGAACUUCCCGACUCUGCAGGUGAUCAAUCAGGCCAGUGGACGAGCCUCCCACCACACGGUGCACACGCAGCCGGUGGGCCGGCGCUUCGACAGGGUGGACGACUUCUUCAUCCCCGCCUCCAGCCUCAUCGUUAACCACGUCAGAUUUGGCCUCAUCCUUCAUCGAAAUGAGCCUGUCCUCCACAAGAUCGACCUGGAGACCACGUCAUACGUGAAAAACAUCAGUUUGUGGGAGUAUAACUGCAUCCCCAAGUCCAUAGCCUACACACAUCUCGGCGGCUAUUACUUCGUCAAUUGCCGACCUGACUCCACCGGCGCCACGCAGCCCCAGCUCAUCCUGGACAGUGUGACAGAUAGCCUCAUCGGACAAAACCGCGACGUCACCGGCACUCCCUACGUGUCUCCGGACGGUCACUACCUGGUCACUGUGGACGACGGCGACGGCUUGAUGAGGAUCCAGACCAUCACCGAUGGGGGGGAGAUCCAGGAGCCGUUCGACAUCCACACGAACCUUCACCUGUCCGACCUGGCCUUCCAGCGCUCCUUCACCGAGGUCCACCAGUACAACGUGUUCGGGAGCUCGGGCCGUCAAACCGACGCCCUGUUUGUGGAACUGAGCUCCGGCAAAGUCAAGAUGAUCAAGAGCUUGAAAGAGGCCACAAAGUCGUUUGAGUGGCCGUGGAGCGGGAGGAACCGGGUGAUGGCCGGCAGCGGACUGUUCGGCCAGUACCUCAUGACCCCGUCCAGAGAGUCCCUCUUCGUCCUGAACGGCCGACUCAACAAGCUCAACUGUGAGAUCACCGACGUGGUCAAGGGCAACGUGGUGGUGUGGGUCGGCGAGUCUUAG